UAUCCUACAUCCCUAGCACCUGAUGGAGCUGAUGAUCGCUUUGCUCCGGGUGCUCCUCGUCGCGUUGGCCGCCUACUCGGCAAUGGCGGCCGCCUCCCGUCGCCGGCGCUCGCGUUGCUACCUCCUGGACUACGUCUGCUACAAACCGCCGGAUGACCGCAAGUUCUCCACGGAGACGAUGCGCGCUGUGCUGGACCGCAGCAAGCGCCUCGACGCCCCCGCGCGCCGCUUCCUCCUCCGCGUCGUCCUCCGCUCCGGCCUCGGCGAGCACACCUACGUCCCGCGCACCUUCUUCACCGGCCGCGAGGACAGCCCCACCCACCAGGACUGCCUCGACGAGAUGGACGCCUUCUUCCACGGUGCCGUCGCGGAGCUCCUCUCCAGGGCGGGGCUCGGCCCCCGCGACGUCGACGUGCUCGUCGUGAACGUCAGCACGUUCCACCCGGCGCCGUCCCUGGCGUCCCGGAUCGUGCGCGCCUACGGCAUGCGCGACGACGUCGCCGCGUACAACCUCGCCGGGAUGGGGUGCGCCGGCGUGCUGGUCGCCGUGGACCUCGCCCGGAACGCCCUGCGCGCGCGGUCCCCGCGGCCGGCGCUGGCGCUGGUGGUCUCCGCGGAGUGCAUCGCGCCCAACUGUUACACGGGGCAGGACCGGUCCAUGAUGCUGGGCCACUGCCUGUUCCGCUGCGGCGGCUCGGCGGCGCUGCUCACCAGCGACCCGGCGCUCCGCGGGCGCGCCAAGAUGGAGCUGCGCCUCACGGUGCGCACCACCGUCGCCGCCGACGACGACGCGCACUCGGCCAUCGUGCACCGCGAGGACGCCGAGGGCCGCGCCGGGAUCAGCCUCAGCAAGUCCCUCCCCAAGGUCGCCGUCCGCGCGUUCACCGUGAACAUAGAGCGCCUCGCGCCGCGCAUCCUCCCGGCCACGGAGCUCGCACGGCUCGCCGCCGUCGCGGCAUGCCGGAAACUGCUGCGCCGCGGGGGCGCCGCCGCCGCCGCCACGGUCAACUUCAAGGCCGGCGCCGACCACUUCUGCCUCCACCCCGGCGGCGUCGCGGUGAUCGACGCGGUGAAGCGGAGCAUGGGGCUGGAUGAGCGCGACGUGGAGCCGUCCAGGAUGAUGCUGCACCGGUGGGGGAACACGUCGGCGAGCAGCGUCUGGUACGUGCUCUCGUACAUGGAGGCCAAGGGGCGGCUCAAGGUCGGGGACAGGGUGCUCAUGGUGGGGUUCGGGUCGGGGUUCAAGUGCAACAGCUGCGUGUGGGAGGUGAUCGGCGACAUGGGCGACAAGGGUGCCUGGGCCGACUGCAUCGACAGCUACCCACCGGAGAGCCUGGCCAACCCGUACAUCGACAAAUACGGCUGCACCAACGGAGACGACGAUGCCUCGGUUGGUUCAAAUGCCUGAGCAACUGACGGCGACGCGCAGAAGCAGAUCAAAUACGUAUAGUAUGUGACAAUUCUACACUAGCUCUAAGCUUAUCCAUGCAUCACUACGAGAAAAACUCCUAUUAGUACUUAGUACAGGUCGUAUGGCUUGGUUAGUACCGGUUGCUCCAAUCGGUACCGCCGGGCCGGUACUAAAUAGGCAGAAAAAGAAUAAACCUUCCUGGAGGCCCGUGUAAAUGCGCAUGCGCGAUCAUGAGAGGAUUCGAACCCACAAUCUCUAGCCUCGCACGAAGUUUUCUUACCAUCCAACCUACGCAUCAUAUGUGACUGGGUGGGAAAUGCUUUCCUUUUGAAGUAACCCGUGAAGGACCAUUUAGUACCGAAUCAAAAUACCAACCAGUACUAAAUGUCACCAUUUAAUAUCGGAUGGUGUCAUUGACCGGUACUAAAAUGGCCGCGCCAUUUUAGUACCAGGCAAAAACAUCAGCCGGUACUAAAAAGUGACAUUUAGUACCGGCUGGUGUCUUGGUCCGGUACUAAAAUGGUUCUAGAAGUUCUUAAAUUUGGACCCGGUACUAAAAUGACUUUGUGCCAUCUUUAGUACCGGGUAAAGACUGCCCGGUACUAAUCUUGUGGGACGAAUGGGCGUUUUUCUAGCUGUGCAUCUCAUACAAGAGAUAGCAAAAAGAUUAUACCUCUAUUGAUUUAUAUUAUAGCACAUUAUUCAAUGCAUCUUGGACCUACAACAUCUCGCUCAUUAAUAAAGUGUGCUGCCCAUUUU